CAGAAAGCGUUCGGCAUUCCAGAAAUCAGCAUCCAAAACAUAGUAAUAUUUUUCAUUGAAUUUCAUUUGGCAAUUCGCGUUUGCUGCUGUUUAUAACAAACAAUAUGACUACCGACAUUGCCCGCAAUCCGGAAGCACCCGGUUUCAGCUUCGAGAACUGCCGCAGGAAUGCCCAACUGGUGAAGCAGGGAUUCGUCGCACCGAAGAUGAUCAAAACGGGAACGACCAUCGUCGGAAUCAUCUACAAGGAUGGUGUGAUUCUGGGUGCUGAUACCAGGGCCACUGAGGGACCGAUCGUGGCGGAUAAGAACUGCGAGAAGAUACAUUAUCUGGCGAAGAACAUGUACUGCUGCGGUGCCGGAACUGCUGCCGAUACGGAGAUGACCACGCAGAUGAUUUCCUCCAAUUUGGAGCUGCAUCGCAUGAACACUGGGAGGACGGUUCCAGUUGUGGUGGCGAAUACAAUGCUGAAGCAGUUUUUGUUCCGCUACCAGGGGUACAUUAGUGCCGCUUUGGUUCUGGGAGGUGUGGACAGUACCGGAUCAUACAUCUACUGUAUCUAUCCGCACGGAUCGACGGAUAAGCUGCCGUACGCGACGAUGGGAUCGGGAAGCUUGGCAGCGAUGUCGGUGUUCGAAUCGCGCUGGAAGCCGGACAUGGAGGAAGAGGAAGGCAAGAAGCUGGUCCGGGAUGCGAUUGCUGCCGGCGUUUUCAACGAUUUGGGUUCCGGUUCGAACAUUGAUCUGUGUGUGAUCAAGAAGGAUGGAGCGCAAUAUCUGAGGACGUUUGAGGAAGCCAACAAGAAAGGAACUCGUACACUGAACUACGACUUCCUGCCGGGCACGACGGGAGUGCUGCAGAGCAAGAGCUUCAAGAUUGACAUUACGGAGACGUGCGUGCGUACGCUGAUCCCGCAGGGAGGCGUGGAGAGUAUGGAUACGGCUUAAGUCGAUGUGGAUUCUUUUUCUUGGGUCUCCUAAUCUGAUUCA